GGAAAACUGGUUGAUUUCCGUUUAUUUUAUUUAUCUGUCAAAUGAUUAUGGAUAAAGUUCCAGCAGUGCAGAAAAAAAGGAGAAAGGAUUUCAUACCUUACUUUUUGGGCUUUGUCCUUUUUCUGUAUGCCUCUGUUCAUCUUGUGUCAUUUACAGCAAAAACCGCUCAGGAAAACCACUCUGUCAGGGUUCGCCGGGCUCUUGAGAAUGACUCAGAAUGCAUCGCACCACAAGCCUCUGAGUUUCCUGAUGGUUUCUUCACGGUGCAGGAGAGGAAGGACGGGGGCCUGGUCAUUUAUUUCAUGCUCAUAUUCUACAUGUUUCUGGCUGUUUCCAUAGUCUGUGAUGAUUACUUCCUGCCAUCUUUAGAAGUAAUAAGUGAACGUCUGGGACUGUCUCAGGAUGUUGCAGGAGCUACAUUCAUGGCAGCAGGGAGUUCUGCACCUGAACUGGUCACAGCCUUUCUGGGUGUGUUUGUGACCAAGGGGGACAUUGGAAUCAGCACCAUUGUGGGAUCUGCUGUGUACAACCUGCUCGGAAUCUGUGCGGCCUGUGGACUUUUGGCCUCUAUGGCGGGGCGUCUCACCUGCUGGCCCCUGUUCAGGGACUGCCUGGCAUACGGAAUCAGUGUUGCUGCCGUUAUUGGGAUCAUUUCCGAUAACAAGGUGUUCUGGUACGAGGCAGCCUGUCUACUGCUGGUCUACGGCGUCUACAUCGUGGUUCUGUGCUUUGACCUCCGCAUCAGUGAGUUUGUCCUAAGGAAGCUGAGCCCUUGCUGCACCUGUCUAAGUCCAGGUUCUGCUGAGAAGCACGAGACGCAGCCUCUAAUGGGCUGGAACGAUGACACCAGCCUGCGGGUCCGCGGACGCUCCAGAACAGACAGUGGUAUCUUUCAAGAUGAUUCAGGGUACUCUCACCUGUCGCUCAGCUUGCACGGUCUCAAUGAGAUCACUGAAGAGCAAAAAAGUGUCUUUGCUGUACCAGAGAGUGACCUUAAAAGGAUCUUAUGGGUUUUGGCUCUGCCCAUCAUCACUCUGCUCUUCAUCACCAUCCCUGACUGCAGAAGACGUUUCUGGAAACGGUGGUUCAUGAUAACUUUCCUGAUGUCAGCGGUCUGGAUAUCAGCUUUCACAUACAUGCUGGUCUGGAUGGUCACUGUUGUGGGUGAAACCCUCGGCAUACCAGAUACAGUUAUGGGACUCACUCUGCUUGCUGCUGGAACCAGCAUACCUGACACCAUAGCCAGUGUGAUGGUGGCUAGAGAAGGGAAAGCCGACAUGGCCAUGUCCAACAUCGUGGGGUCCAAUGUUUUUGACAUGCUGUGCCUGGGCCUGCCCUGGUUUAUCAGGACUGCCUUUGUGGACACCAACACCCCGGUAGAAGUGAACAGUACUGGACUGAUCUUCAUUUCAGCAACGCUGCUUCUUUCCAUCGUCUUCCUUUUUGUAGCAGUGCACGUCAACGGAUGGAGACUGGACUGGAAGUUGGGAAUUGUUUGUCUUAUCUGCUACAUCCUCUUUGCCACCAUGUCCAUUUUAUAUGAAUUAGGGAUUAUUGGGAAUAAUCCCAUACGACUGUGCAGUGACUAAAACCUGACCUCAGAAUUCAAGACAUAUUUUCUGAGACCAACAGCCAAAAUGGCCUCAGAAAAAUGUUAAGCUGCUCAGAUCAACAAAUGUCGAGGGGAAAUGGUCCUGGUUGUGAAAAUACCAUGCAAGAGUACGCCUGUGUUUGGUUACCUGUAGAUCUUUAUGCAAGAUCCAAGUCUGUCAAAUAAACUUAACAUCCUAAGAAC